CCAGGUGCGCGGGUCGGGGCCGUGCUGCUCCGCUCCGCUCCGCACCGCCACCAUGACCGUCACACGGCUCGACCAGGGCCAGCGCUACCGCCCGCGGAUGGCCUUCCUGAAAAAGAUCGAAGCUCUCAUGAUGGAGAUGCAGAGCCCAGACACAGGAAUCAAGACACAGACACAGGCAGUGAUGGUCACCAGCAUCCCCCACGCUGUGACAGGUAAUGAUAUAAUGCAGUGGAUCCUUCAGCGCUUGCAGAUCACUGCAGAAGAGGCACUCCACCUGGGAGACCUGUUUGUCAAAUAUGGAUAUAUCUACCCUCUUCAGGAGCCAAAGAACCUCACCCUGAAGGCAGAUGGCAGCCUCUACAGGUUUCAAACCCCCUAUUUCUGGCCAGUACAGGGCUGGGCUGCUGAUGACACAGACUAUGCAAUUUAUCUAGCAAAGAAGAACAUUAAAAGGAAAGGGAUUUUGGAAGAAUAUGAAAAGGAACAUUACAACAUGCUCAAUCAAAAAAUAAACUACAAGUGGGAUUUUGUCAUUAUGCAGGCCAAGGAGCAGUAUAAGGCAGGGAAGGAGCGGAAGAAGGAGGACAGGUAUGCCCUGGACUGCCAGGAGAGAGCCUACUGGCUUGUGAACAGAACUCCUCCAGGCAUGCUGGAUGUCCUCGAGUAUGGAUUAGACCGUGUCACAGAUCCCAAUGAAAAUAAGAAAAAUACGAUGGAAUUCUAUAGGAGAGAGAUCAUGUACUAUCAGCAGGCCAUCUUGAAGACCAGAGUGAAAUCUUCUGUCUCUCUUGGAGGGGUUGUGAAGUACUCUGAGCAGUUCCUCUCCAAUGAUCCCAUCCUGUCUGGAUGUCUCCCCAGCAACCCUUGGAUAUCAGAUGACCCUGACUUUUGGGAUCUCAAUGCAAAGCUGGUGGAGGUGCCCACCAGGAUGCGCGUGGAGCGAUGGGCCUUUAACUUCAGCGAGCUGAUCCGGGACCCCAAAGGCCGCCAGAACUUCCAGAUCUUCCUGAAGAAGGAGUUCAGCGGAGAAAAUCUGGGUUUCUGGGAGGCCUGUGAGGAUCUCAAGUAUGGAGACCAAUCCAAGGUCAAAGAAAAAGCAGAAGAAAUCUACAAGCUCUUCCUGGCUCCAGGAGCAAGGCGCUGGAUUAACAUCGAUGGCAAAACAAUGGGCAUCACAGUCAAAGGCCUGGAGCACCCUCAUCGUUAUGUUCUAGAUGCUGCUCAGACCCACAUUUACAUGCUGAUGAAAAAGGACUCCUAUGGCCGCUAUUUAAAGUCUCCAAUAUACAAGGAAAUGCUGGCCAAGGCUGUUGUGCCACAAGAGGGUGUCAAAAAAAGCACGGGUUUGUUUGGACGCCGCCACCUCCGCUCCAGCCCCAGCCCCAUCAUCCUGAGGCAGCAGGAGGAAGAGGCCAAAGCCAGGGAAGCCGCCAACACCGUGGACAUCACGCAGGUCAUGAGCAAGCUGGAUCGCAGGAACCAGCUCCAGAAGGAAGCUCCUCCCAAGUAGGCUCUGAGCCCCGCAGGGAAAAGACAAGGCGAGGCUGGUGUUGAGCUUCGUCUCCCCUUCCUGAAGGUGUCAGUGCUGCUUUAGGUUUCCCAGGCCGGCUCUGCUCUCCGCCGGCUUCCCGCACGUUGCCAUGGCUUCUGGAGAGCAGAUGUCCCUUCCCAGGCAGUGCCGGGCUGCUGCUGUGCCAGUCUCGGGGUUCAGCACCCCGCACACCUCGGGGGGGAGAUGCCCCCACACAGCCUGCAGAGCCCGGCUGCCUGUCCCUGCUGCUCCAGGAGUGGGGUGGCACAAGGCAGGGUAGAGCUGUGCCCCAGUGCUGCGGGUUCAGACCAGCCUGCCUUGGCACCGAGGGGGAUGAGCCCGCGGGGAGCAGGGCGAGGUCACCCAGCCCAGAGUGUCCCUGCUGGCCUCCAUCCCCUCGGGGGGCUCUGCACCCUCCCAAGGGCCGCAUCUGGUACCCCCUGAGAGGAGCACACCCCCACUCCAAGAGUCCUGCACCUCCAGCCAGCACCACAGGCAGAGGAGCUGCUUGUGGGGGCAGCAGCAGGAGCAUUUCUGAAGGUUUAGCUGACCUUCUGAAUUUGAAUGACACUCCCAAAUCCCCUGGCACGCUGGAGAUGAUCAGCAGCUCUGCUCUGCUCUCCCUGUGACUCCUGUGCUGUGAGCUGGGUGUGCAGGUGCAGAGAGCUGCCCCUUGCCAGAGUCUGCACGAGGCCAAGAGAGAUUUUAUCCAAUCCUUCCCACCUCUUGUCUUGUCUUUUUCCUGCUCUUCUAUUUUCUAUUGUUAAAAAUCCAACAGGAGGUAGCUGCAGUUGUCAUUGGCUUGUAGCCCAGAGGCAAGGGAGAACAGGGUAGAGGUGUUAAGAGCAGAUUGCAACUUUAAGUAGUGUUUUCUUUUUCAUUUGCUCUGUCUCUUUUGCUCUGUAGAAUAAGGCAAGCUGAAAUACCACAUUAGUGCUAAAGAGCUCAGGUAGAUUCUGGGCCUUGCUGGAGAAGCCCAGCAUGCCUGGAGCAGGCCAAUGGUUACCAGAAGUGUGAAGAUUCCUGCAAAGGCCAGUAAAGGGAACUGAAGGGGCAGAAAAGCUUCCUUGUUCGUUAAAAUUUUGGGGAAGCAAAGGCAGUGGGUGGAAGCACUGAGGUCUGGGAAACUGCCUCUCUCCAGUUCACAUUGUUCAUCCCUUUUUAAUACCGGUAGGAUUUUACAGAAAAUGGGAGGUCAUAGAACCCCAGAAUGGUUUAGAUUGGAAGGGAUCUUAAAGCUCAUCUCAUUCCACCCCCUGUCAUGGGCAGGGACACCUUCCACCACCCCAGGGUGCUCAGAGCCACAUCUAGCCUGGCCUUGGACACCCCCAGGGAUGGGGCAGCUUCUGGAGAGAGCUGGCAGGGAGUGGGAGCCCUGGGAUAGUGGGGUGCAUGCAGGCCCCUGGAGCCCUGGGGUCCUUGCAGGGCAACUCCCAGUGAACAGGGGACAGUCAUGAUGUCACUGUGUCCCCAACAGCUCCGACAGUGACUCUGGCCCUCCCCAUGGCAGGAUCAGGGCUGGACACUGAUCUGGUAUCACUCCUCCACUUGUGGCUGAGCCAGGGAGGUUGUCCUGCCCUUCCUUACCCCAGCAGUGAUAAACCUCCUCAGAGGAAUUCAAACUGAGUCACCCCAGACCUUCCCUCUGAUGUCUGUGCUGAGUCUGUUCUCACUCCUGCUGGAAGCACAGGCACAUUCUGCACUGCUGGACAAGGGAGCAGGCUCAGGCUGCCUUAUUUAAAAUUUAAACCCCAAGGCUUUGUUACAUCAGGUGCCCUCAGUCUGCUUGGACAUCAGAGCACUGGCAGACACUCCAGAACCUGGCAGGGCUGGCCCAAAGCCACUGGGCUGUGAUGAACUCUGCAGUCUCUGCAGAGUUUGUGUAACAUGGAGCACUGAGCAUGUUGGGAUUGCAAGUAUGUAGUAACAUGUGGAAGAUCAAGUCAGGGUAUAAAUAAUAAAUAACAAAUCUGUGUGUUCCCGUCAGUCCCUCUGAUUCUACUUCUAUUUUGUCUGCUGCUUUGCUUGUUAUGUUCUCUGUAUCCAUUCCUUCCUCUGAUUUUUUAUCAUCACUGCUUGGCAUCACUGCUCUCCUGCCAUGGGUUGUGUUGCAUGCUCGGGAGUCACUGUGCUUGUGGAACACCAGUUACUGUGAGGAACACCAGUCAGUGCUUGUGGAACACCAGUUUUUUGCUUGUGGAACAAGCAGCCAUCCUUCACACCCAGGCAGGAGCUGUUUUUGCCCUGCCACAGGCUGAUGGAGCUCACAGCCUUCUGCUCUUCAUCCUCUGCUGCUCAGCCCUGGAAGAGGAAAGUUGCCUGGUACAAGCUGAACUUCACUUUGUGCCAGCCGAGAAAUUGUUUGUUUCUAUGUGUUGUUUAAUUUUUUUGGCCAUGGCUUCCAUGCAUUCAUCUGUCUAAUAAAAAUAAAUGUAGAAAACAGAAAAAGAGCCAAGAUCCUUUUUUGUCGUGUCUCAGUGUGUUCAUCCUUCUCUGUGCCAUCUCUGCAUGUGUGUGCAUGUCCUGCGUGUGCCUCUGUCUCACUCCUUGGACACUUGAGCUGCAUUUCAUUUUGCUGGGACUAAGUCCUUGAGAAAUGGGAGGGGACCUGGCAUGCAGCAUGUGCUGUCCGUGUCCUGUCCAGUCUGUGCUUGGGCUUGUCCUGAGGGCUGACUGAGCAGUGCUGGAGCCUCCCCAGCCCCAGCCAGGGACACUGGGGUUCCAGCAUGACAUGUCACUGGUACUAGGAGCCACCAGGGCUGGGGCUCGGGGUCUGUCACCCCGGUGGUGCCGUGGGUGUGACAUGGUUGUGCUGUUCAUAACCAAGAUCACAUUCCGGGGAUGACAGCCUCCUCCGUGCCUGCAGUAAUCGUGCUGAGGAAUGACACAGGCUGGUGUCUCCUCCAGCAUCCCGGCGGGUGUGGGGCUGCAUCUGUCAGCACCCACUGGGGCUGUGGCAGCAGUGACCCCGCAGGCAAGUUGUGACACCGCAGUGCUCUGGCAGUGGGAGGGCAGGGAAGGGGACAGAGCUGCAGGACAGGGGGACAGCGGCACAGGCAUGGCUGGGGUGGCCCAAGCUUCCUCCCAGCCGAGCCCUUCUCUCCUGGCAGCACCAAAAAAGAGGGAUUCUCCUCAUGGAGAAGCCUGGGGAGCCCUGGGUGUCACCUCCAGACCUGACCGAGCCUCUCCUUUUCCUCCCCACAGCCAGGCCACCUCGCCUCCUGCUCCCCCGGCCCGGCUGCCCACGCUGGCCCCGGCACCCCGGCAUCGCCACCAGCCGCCCCUCAGGCCGUGCCUGCCGUGUCCCCCGAGCCCCCAGCCCUGCCCCAGGGCCCCG